AUGGCAAAUAUUCUCUUAGCUUUGCUCCUCCUUCUCUUUAUCGACAUUAGCACUAGUGACGGAGAAGAUAUUAAAGAAUGCGCGACAGGUCAACCGCCUCGUCCCACAAUUCCACCAGAAUAUUGCCAGGACGUAAAUACCAAUGAGUCUUGCGAUCGGUUGAACUUCGCUAUUGAAUGCAGAAAUCCACUUUUAUACCCAAUAGUGCUUGCAAGAUGUCCGAAAACGUGCGGUCUAUGUGACAGACCAGGCGCUCUCGGCAGGUGCCCAGAUAGUCAUCCCAUUUGCCCUCAAUUGAGAUUAUUUGGAAAUGCAUGUCAGGACAGUAGAAUUGCACAAAUGUGCAUGGAAAGCUGUAAUAUAACAACUUGUUUGACAGGUGACAAAAUAAAUCGUACAACUACUGCAAGUGCAUCGCUAUGCCAGGACAGAAGAACUAACUGCCUUAGCUAUGCACCUUAUUGCAAUCACCCAAGAUAUUCAAGUGUGCUGAGGGAUGUGUGUCCUCGUACUUGUAGGGUCUGUUGA